UAAGAAUCAGGCCACAUGCGGGGGUUCCCAAAUGCUCCCAAAUGCUUCCAAUCCAAGGAGAGCCCGCACUUCCUACACCUAAACCCAACUUCAGCCAGGCGAGGGAAAUAGACAUUCGAUCAAGAUGCUGAUCAACGAGAGCUAUACCGACUUCCAAACCACGGUGGAUGGGAAGGAGACGACGCUGAGAAUCUUCCUCUUCCAUCCCACCAUCCCGCAAUACCCUGAAGCUCGAUUCCCCGGCGUUGUUCUAUUCAGCGAGAUCUAUCAAGUGACGGGCCCGGUAGAGCGAUUCGCGCGUCAGAUCGCAGGACAAGGCUACGUCGUCGCAGCGCCGUCCUCGUAUCAUGACUUUGUUGGACCGGAAGCGCUGCCCUACGACGUGCCGGGCACGGAUUUAGGAAACGAAUUGAAGAUCAAGAAGACUCUCCAGUCGUAUGAUGUGGAUUCGGCCCAGGCCGUCGAAUACCUGCUUAGCCUUCCGACCUGCACAGGACGAGUAGGCGUCACUGGAAUGUGCCUGGGAGGCCACCUCGCCCUGCGAGCUAGCCUGAACCCGCGGGUCAGCGCUAGCGUCGCCUACUUCGGGACGGACAUCCACUCCCGCACGCUGGGGCCUCAUAACGGGCCCGAUCUAUCGGUGCAGGGCGCGGAGGGCAGCAACCACACGAUCGACAGGCUCGGGGAGAUCAAGGGAGAGGUGGCUAUGAUCUUUGGCAUCAAGGAUACGCACGUCUCGGACGAGGGCCGCGACCUGAUCAGGCAGAAGCUAAGGAGUGCCGGCACCGUGUUCAGUUUCUACGAGUUCGCGUGGUCGCAGCACGCCUUCAUCCGCGACGAGCAGAGCAAGGGGCGGUACGAUCCGGCCAUCACCAAGAUCUGCUUCGAGAUCUUGCUCGAGCUCUUUGGCCGCGUGCUCAAGACGGAUCUGGGCCCGAAGGACACCAACCCCCAGAAGAUCGAGCAUGUGUGCUGAAGAUAGAUAAAACCUUAGUAAACCGAGUUAAGCGGGCUGAAUCUACUAGGUAGGUACUCAUAAGCACGCGGUCCCCCGAGGAGCUUGAGCUGAACUGCGUUGGCGCUCUGCCUCUGACCGGGUCCACAAUAGAUACCUAUACCUAG